CCCUUAGUUUGGCUUCUGCGAACCAAAUAUGGAAAAGAGAUGAAAGUCAACUAUCUCGAAUUUUUUCGAAUGAUACAUCGCAAUUCUCCUCUGGACCAAAAUUAAAUUCAGCUAUUACUUCAACUUGUCCACUUGGUUAUACUGAAUGUAACGAUCUAGUUGGAGGGUGUUGUUCUAUCGGUUCUACUU